AUGGAGCACGAUCUCCACCUGAUGCCCAGCCAGCUUGCCAUCCUCGCGCUUUGCCAAGGCGUGGCAUGUGCUGUCUCCGGGCCCAUCUGGGGGAAUCUUGUGGACUCUGGCGCCUCCCGCAAGUGGCUUCUGCAGGUGGGCGCCGGGCUCUGGGGCCUCUGCACGAUCCAGCUGGCCUUGACUUCGAAUUUCGUGAUCAUGAUCGUCCUCCGGGCGCUUAACGGAGCUGCGUUGGCGAUGAUGGUGCCGGUGAUGCAAUCCUUCGUGGCAGACUUGACUACGUCCUCCAACUGUGGGUCGGCGUUCGGCAAGGUCGCCUGCGCUGCGAACGUAGGCCAGGUCUUGGCGUGUCUGAUGGUGACGCCCAUCUCAGAGAGUGUGGUUCACGGCGUGCGCGGCUGGCGACUAUCUUUGGCCUUCGUGGGGGUGCUGAGCCUCUUCUGCGUGCUCUUCGUCCGGGUGGCCGUGCACGAGGAACCUACGGUCUGGAAGCCGAGGAGAUUCGGGAUACUCCGCGAGAUUCGCACGAUGGUGCAGUUCAUGAAGAUCCCGACAUUCCGUGCGAGGGACUGA